AUGAUAUCGUCUAUUAAAAGCAUACUAAACAAGAGACCAAAAGAUAAACUUCAACAUCAACAACAACAACACCGAUCACAGAAAUCACAACAACAACAACAACAAAGUGAAGAAGAUAAACAAUUUCAAAAAAGAAGAGCUCAAUCAUUACCUAACAAAUUAACAUAUGGAACACCAGCUGAAUCUUUAUCAUCUUCUUCACUUUCAGAUUCAGACAAAGAAGAAUUAUUUUCCUUAAGAUCUUCACCAUCAGGAAGUGUUCUUCCUUCUUAUUAUAUGUACAGAGAUAUUCUUCAUUAUAAAGUAAAUGAAGUUGUACCUGCACCUCCAGGUUAUUCAUCUACUGAUGAUUCAGAUUCUGAUGUUGAGUCUCGUGCAUCUAUAACAAAUGAUGACAAUUCAGUUUGUCAAAAAUUACUUAAUCUAAAUUACCUUGGUACUAGUGGUAAACCAGAUGAUUUUUUUGAUGAAUCCAUUAAAGCUCAUAUUGUCUUAGAUAAGGAUGACAAUUAUGAAUACACUCAAGGUGAUGAUAUAACAGGUAUUUUAACAUUAACCAAUUUGAAAAAUCUGAGAGUUGAUAUUGAUAAAGUAUUUAUAUUUUUGGAAGGUGUUGAUCGUACUUAUACAUUUUCAGAAAAAGUUUUCUUAUCCAUUGUUGAUUAUGAAUUAUUUACAAAUGGUGAAGAUGAAAGAGGUGUUUGUGGUGGAGUUAGAUUAAACAAACAAGGAGAUAAAUUUAAACUGGGAUUUAAAUUCAAAAUUCCUUAUUAUUUAUUAGAAUCACUGUGUAAACAUAAAAUUAAAAAUCAUUAUUUAUUACCUCCUUCACUGAAAAGUUUAGCUGGUGGUGGUGUAUCAAGAGUUAGUUAUAGAGUAUCUUGUUAUGCAUUGAAAUAUAAUUGCAACCUACGCAAGAAUAUUAAAAUUGGUAGUGCAAAUAAAGAUAUUCAAUUUAUUCCUAAAGAUGAAUUAAUUGAUGAAGUUUGUGAUAUAAACUAUGAAAACUUAUUAAAUCGUCUACAUGAUGAUUUGAGAUACAUUGAUAAAACCAAAUUUGAAGAACUUUUCGAACUGUUACAAGUUAAAGAUUUAUCCAAUAAAUUAGUAUUGAAUAAAGAAGAUGGUACUGGUCAUGAAUCAAUAGAAGUUGCAACUCCACAAUUGACUAUUCCAUAUACAAGAAAAACUCCGUUUAAAGUUACAGAUAAAUUGUUCAUUCCAAUGAAUUUCCAAAACUUGUCAUCACCUAUUAAAUCAGUUAAUGUUGAAUUAAUGGUAGUCACAGGUAUGUCUACCACACAAAUUCCAAUUUUCAUUUCUCCAAAUAUGUUGUAUGAAUCAUUUUUCAAACACACCAUAUGA